AUGCCGGACCGCACGCAACGCCUCCUGGCAGUCCUCCCUGCGGUCGACAGGGCGCUCGCCGAAGAGAGGAACUUCUUGGACCGCGCCAAGGACGUGUGGACCGACCUCCGGCGAGGGCUCCUGGAUGUCAAGCAGGACCCAGAGCAGCUGGAGGGAAUGAGGCUCCCGGACGGCAACAUCAUGGACAAUCUGUGGGAAUUCAUCAUGAAACUCGUGGCGGCGUCCCCCAAGCACACGAAGCAGGUCCUCGAGGUGCUGCCCGUGCUGCUCACGCCCGCGACGCCGCGCUGGGCCGACGCCUUUCGCAGGACCCCCGGAAAGGGGCGCCUGUCGCUCUGGAGGCUGGCGGCCAGUCCAGCAUCGCAGGCGGAGUUCGACAAGGUGGUGGACGUGACGCUACAGCUGCUCGCGCUGAAGGUACCGGCGGACGAGCUCCUGCCUUCGGAGGAGGUGGCGGCGGCGCCGGACUUCGUGCGGGAGCUCCUCGGCAGGGCGCGGGCCCAGGGCGGCGUCGCGUGGGAGGGCCUGCGCGCCUCCGGGCUGGGCGCCCUGCGGCUGGAGGGCGGCGCGGAGACCGAGCGGGCCGCCGAGUCCAACGCCGCCGCCGAGCCGGAGGCGCUCUCCAACGCCGCCGCGGGCGAAGCGUGGACGCCCUCCCCCGCCACCCUCGCCGCGGCCGAGAGCCUCCGCCGCCACCCCCGGGGGCGCCGCUGCGGCUACGCUGGCGAGGCGGCUCCGGCCGUGGCGACGAGGGUGCGGUGA